AUGGUAGUUGAGGUUCCAGCUAAAGGAUCUGUGACUACAUCUCUUGUUUGUUUGAAGUGUCCGCUGUCGAUCUUCGGCAGGGACUUUGCUGUUGAUUUAGUAUGUUUACUGUUAGCCGGGCUAGACGUAAUUUUGGGAAUGAACUGGUUAGAAUAUAACUAUGCUCAUAUCAAUUGUUAUAACAAGACUGUGAGAUUUUCAACUGCCGAAGAAGAAGAAGCUGGUUUAGUGUCGUCUAAGCAGGUACGACAAUUGCUGAAGGAAGAAGUAGAGAUGUUCUCGUUGAUGGCAACAUUGUCAAUCGAGAAUCAGAACAUCGUCGAUGAAUUACCGGUAGUAAGUGAAUUCCCUGAAUUUUUUCCCGAUGAGAUUCCUGAUGUGCCGCCAGAAAGAGGAAUUUAG